AUGGGAAACAAACCAACCAAACAUGAUUUCCAACAACACGGAUCAUCAUCUCUCACUCCCAUUCGCAAAACUCAAUCCACUCUUUCGCAUCAUCAUCAUUCGUAUCCUUCUCCUUCCCAACGCGUUGUUCCUGUCGUGAAUCAACAACAACAACAACAUGAUCAUCCCUCAACAACAACAACAACUCCACCAACGUUGAAUCGUGGUGGAAAUAGCAACAAGCUUAGUGGUAGUUUUAGAAGAGGCUUAACGUUUUUGCAACAACAACAAGUUGCAAAACGGUUAUCGAAGAAUGGUCAUGAUUCAACAUCGAUGAUUUCCUCCGUCAUGACGGAACCAAAGAAUAGACAUAAUGGAAAGAGUACAAGACAUGAAGAAGAAGUCAUUCUAUCAUCAUCCUCACCACCACCACCACCACCACGAAAUGUGUUGAGUAAAUCCUUUUCGUAUCAUACAACUCCGAAGAAGGCUUUUAAUGAGAAAGAAGAAACAACAACAACAACAACAACAACGAAUAGGAAUGAUCAAAAUCAUGGAAAAGUUUCGAGUAGCAUGAAUUCUUCUUCUUCGUCUUCUUCCUUCAUUCAUCAUCCUCCUCUCUUUCCUUCGGAAAGGAAUUCUAAUUCCACCAACACUGUAACAACCAGUUCUAUUACCAACACCACCACCAACACUACCAACACCACUACAACAACCACCUCAUCCAGUCCUCCAUCUUCCACCAAUACCAUCAAUACCAUCAAUACAACAACAACUACUACUCCAACCAAGAAACGAACCUUUUCUGUGGCAGGUGCUCUCUUCAAACGAAAAUCACUCUCUCCCAGCAACAGCAAAAGUAGCAGCAGCACAAGUCCUCCCAAUCACCAUUCCUCUUACCAACAACAACUACAACCAUUCUCUCCUCUCAAAAGUAAUAUUACUUCAACUCCACAAAAAGAUCUUGUGGAAUGUUCAACCACCACUUCUCAACAACAACAACAUGGUGCUGUUUCUUCUUCUUCUUCUUCUUCUUCAACAUCUCCACCACCCUACGCUUCAUCGACUUCACCUCCGAAAAACAACAACAACAACAUGAACCAUUCACUCAUCCUUAGUUUGAAAUCUCUCUCACAAAUGAGAUCAUCGUCGACACCUUCUUUGAAAAAUCAACAAAUUUCAGAGAAGCAUCCUUCUCGACAACAGCAACAACAACAACAACAACAAACAGAAGAGGAAGAAAUUGAAGCAUCCCUGAGUUUUUCACGACGUUGUGUGGAUAUUUCUUUGACAGAUAAAAAACCUUCAGCUCGAAAUAGUGAGCUCACUCUCUUGAUCAAUCCUAAUCAUCAUCAUCUAAAGGUUUAUAACCCCAAUUCAACUUUGAGUACUACUCAAAUUCUCCACAACAAUGACGAAAAGGAUGAAGAAGAUAAUCAUUCUGCUUCACCAACGGAUUCAAGUGAUUCUUCCGUCUCUUCUGUGAAAAUGUCUUUUUCCUCUAAAGGUUCCAUGUCAUCCAUGCCCACUCGAACUGUGCCGUCAUUAAGCAUCUCGGAUCCAAGACGAAAAAGUAUUGGAGCUUUUAUAUUUGAACCUUCUCGAUUUUUGGUACCAAAAACACAGAGUCGAGAUGAGUUGACCUUGUCACUUUCGAAUUUGUCACAUAGUCCUCAAUCCCCUCGAUCAUCUGUAGAAUGGACUAUUUCUGAAUCUCGUAAGGAACUUCGGAAGAGAGUUUUUUCUGUGAGACUUGACACUAAAGAGGCCUCUACAUUAUCGAAUGCGUCGAUUGCACGUGCCUUAAUGAAUUUGGAGGUUGAAAAUAUUGAACAACAGCAAGUAAUUGAGAGCACUUCCAAGGCGACCCCUCCUACGAGCAUGGAACAACUUCCACCUUCACGUCAAUUGAAUUCUCAACAACACAACGAAAAUGCAAAUUUACCACAAUUCAAACAAAAUUCUCGUGGUGUGGAACAACAACAACCUCUUUCAGUGUUUGCCUACAAAUUUCAAUUUUUAUAUUCUAUGAGUACCACAGAACACAUGAUUGAGAAGCAAUUGAAUAUGGAUAGUUUGGAAAGAGAUUUUUCAUGUGGAGAAUUGGACUCUUUGGAUGCUGUUGUGUCACAAUCUUCAUCACACAUUUCAAGUCAUGGUGAAAAUUCUUCAAAAUUGAAUACUUCACAAAGUCACGAAAAGGCACUAUACAUUCGAGGUUUACAAUCCAUUUUCGAAAAAUUGUGUAAAAGUCAAUUAGUUCUCUCUGGUAAAAAAGAAGAGGACAUUACUGAAGAAAUUACCCAACAGGAUCGUGACUCGUUCAAAAUUGCCGUCAUGCUUGGAAUUCCUCAUCAAGCUACCAAAAUGAUUCACCACGAAAUUGAUCAAGUGUUAACUUUCAAUGGAGAAUAUGAAUAUUAUGUGGAAUGCAAGAGAAAGGAGAAACGAGAAUUGAUGCUUUUUCUUCAAAAGCUGAAAAGUGAAACAAAAUCAUUGUCACCACAACAGCAACAGCAACAAAUUGAACUCGUUCAACAACAAGUUGAAAAUUUCUUUAUCAUGAAGAGAGAACAAUUUCUUCUUUCCACUUCGACCAACAGCAGCAACCAUAAUUCACACUCUAUUCAACAGCAACAGCAACACCCACCACGAAAUAACUCGUCCACACAAUUAAUGGCAUCCGCUUCCUCUUCGAUGAAUCAAGAUGAAAAUGGAGUCACCAGCACCAACACCAACUCAGCAGCAAUUGCUUCAUCUUCUAACGAUCACGAUUUGAACAACCAUGAGAAUCAAAAAGAAACUACAACUAGUUCACAUCGUGAAUACUCUCAUCAUCACCAUCAUCAGAGAACUAAUUCGAAUGAAUUUAUUUUGGAUACCUCUAUUGCGAAUUUAUUCAAAGCAGAUCGAGUCGACUCGGAUUCUAACUUUAUGUCCGAUCGAGAACGAGUGAUUAUUGAACAACAAUCCAUCAAAUUCAAACAUCCAUUGAAAUUGUACAUUCUUUUCACAACUAACAACAAUCAAAUUACCAAUGCACCAAACAAUGCAAUUGUGAAUUCAAAAUUCUUUAUCAAAAUGCUUUCGAGAUUGGGAAAAAUUACUGGACUUCUACCACAAUUUGGGUUUCUACACAUGUCACUCGUAUUGGCAUCGAUGAGAUUUGAUUGGCUCGAAUGUGAAUUGUGUUCACCAAAAACCAAAUUGAAAUCCAUGAGAGCCAUUGCUUGUAUUGAAGUUGGAUCAAUUGACAAUUUCAAUGAUUUAACAAAAGUGACAAGAAUUUUGGGGAAGAGACUCAGUUUUUGGAAUCGAAAUGUUCAAUAUUCGAGAGGAAUUGGAUAUCACUAUAAUAUUACAUCAAUGCAAACUCAACAACACCACAUGACCGAUAAGGCAACGCAACAAGGAAGUUGUCACCAAUUUGUUUUUGACAUUCUUGAUUCUCUCUCUUCUGACAUUACGUUAAAUCAUGAAAAAGCUCCCAUUGUGGACAUGUAUGAAUUGUUGAAAGAUGAAACCUUACUGGGAAAGAAAGGAUGUAUUGGAUCUUAUUUGGAAUGGUCUGCAAAUAAUUUAGUGAAAGACAAUCCAGAGGAUGCAGAUAACACGGAAUGGUGUCGUUUGGAAUUGAAUGAAACCAUUCGAAGAAAAUAUGCCUCUCUUAUUCGAGAUUACAUUCAACAACAGCGAUUACUCUAUACAAAUAUUCAACAAAAUUUAAAUCGUUUAAUGAUGAUGGAAGGAGAGCAACCAGUGCACGAUGAAAACAAUGAUCGUUCAUCAGCGAACAAUAACAAUAUCAGUAACCUCAACCAUGAGGAAUUUCUAGGAGGAGCUGAAGAGACCUCGUGUGAAAUUAUUUCCACUUUGCAAAGUUUAGACAAGACACUCAAUUUAAUAUUGUAUGGAAAUUUAUUUGCACAAAAACGAAGAAAAUCUCGAUCUCUCUCCAUUGGCACUCCAAAAUCUCCACUCCCCUUCCAACAACCCUCUACUGUUGCUGGUGUCGCAAGUAACAGUGCCGAAGAGUCACCUCGUAAGAAGAAGAAGGAAGAACUUUCGAGUGGUUCUGUCAUCAUUUGUUUUCCAAAUCAUGCGUCUCUGGAUGAAUUUACCAGAGACAUGAUUUUGGUUUCUCAAAACGACCCAAUGCCCUUCAUCAAGACCUCAGAGUAUCACUUGUUGAAAAGUUUUGAUCGAGCUCUGUGGUUGAGAAAUAACUUUGAUAAGGAUAAGAUUUGUAAAGAUUUGCAAAUAUUUCCAAGUCCAUCCAAAAUUAUGGAAGACAACCGAAAGAGGAUAUUACAAGGCAGGGAUCCAUUGACAAUUUUGGAUUAUUUGGAUGAAAUUAUUUAUAAUGAUGAAUCAUGGGCCAGCAUGUUACAUUCUCUCAAGAAUGAACCUGGAAAAGUGAGAACUUUUGGAACGACGAACCAACAGACACGUUUGCUUUGCCCCUUUGGAGAUCCAAGGUAUUGUUUGCCCUAUAUCGAGUCCAGUACUACUGGAUCGCAAAAGGAUUAA